UUUGUUUGCUGUGAACGUAUGUUUUCCUUUCUAUCAGGUAUACGAGGAUUUGAAUUACAUGAGCUGUCUGUUGAAUGACGCUUUUACAACAAUUUUUGCGUUAAAUAUUUAAGAGUUAAUGAUAUAAAUAUUAUAUGGCUUAAAUUUGUAAGAUGCUGAGUUAUUUGUCAAAAAAAUAGACAUUUUCUUUUUUUUUCUGUUUAACUGCUUCAAAAUAUCAUAAACUAGUUCUUUAUAUUCCAAAAUCAUUUUGUAAGAUUGAUCUGAAGAUGAUGACUAUUGAAAAUCACCAAAAAUAUGUUCACAAUUGCGAUACUUCAACCUGUAGAUGCAGACGAAGAAGUUCAAUAAAAAAUCCUCAUAUAGAAGAGAUGAAAGAAGAUGUGCUAUACCAUCUUGGAUUAACAACAUUUAAUGAUGAUCUUCAGAAUAUGUUUGGCGAUGUAAAAUUUGUGUGCGUUGGUGGAACGCCAGAAAGAAUGAUGGAAUUUGCUCAAUAUGUUAAUGAAAUCUUGAGACAAAAUUGUUCGUCGGACAAAGAACUGGGCAAUGUAUCGAAAUCGUCAAGGUAUGCCUUGUUCAAAGCAGGACCAGUGUUGUGCGUCAGUCACGGAAUAGGAUCACCGUCUAUUUCCGUUGUGCUGCAUGAAAUAAUGAAACUGAUGCAUCAUGCUGGAGCUCAAGAUCCAAUAUUUCUUAGAAUAGGAACUUGCGGAGGAUUAGGUAUACCUCCUGGAAGCGUCGUCAUUAGCAGUGACAGUGUUGAUGGGAUGCUUCGGCCCUACCAGGAACUUCUAGUUCUUGGUCAAAAAGUUCAACGGCCAAGUACUCUAGAUAAAGAACUUAGUAAGGAACUACUACAAGUUGCUAAAAAGCAUUUAAAAGAAUGUUCAGUUGUAGUAGGAAGAACGAUGUGUGCUGAUGAUUUUUAUGAAGGGCAAGGAAGAUUGGAUGGCGCCUUCUGUGACUAUAGUCAAGACGAUAAGUUGUCCUACUUGAAAAGAUUAAGAGAUGAAGGUGUGGUCAACAUCGAAAUGGAAUCUCUGACAUUUGCUGCCAUGUGCCAGAAUGCAGGAGUAAAAGGUGCAGUUAUUUGCGUGACUUUCUUGGAUCGUUUAAAAGAUGACCAAGUUACAGCGUCUGCAGAUAUCUUGAAAAUGUGGCAAAAAAGAGUUUUACAUUUGGCUGCGAUGUACAUCAAAGAAAAAUUAAAUGGUGAAGUUUAACAAAAACUAUGGAUUUCUGAGAUCUGUAUGGGAAUUUUUUUUAAUUUAGAAUCUAUAAGAAAGAGACAGUAAGCCACGAGAAUGUAUAAAUGACAGUUAUUUAUCUACGUGAGAUUAAAGGAAGUAGUUUUUUACAUAUAACAGGUUAGACAGCAUUGUUGCUUUGAGGAUUUCAGAUUUAAAAAAAAAAAAUUAUCUUAUAGGCUUUUUCGUCCCAUUAACGGAAAUAAAUAUCUUUAUGGCCUUUCCAUUUUAGGAUUUUUCCUUUUUAUGAUCCCCCAAAUGAGUUGUUUUGCUAACGCAUUAGCUGAAAUUAAUGUUCUUGAAGAGUAAUGCCAGUAUAGUAUAUUUCGUAUAAUGGCAACAUCCAACGCAUGUGGUUUUGUAUGAAAGCAUUUAGAACAAUAUUUUCUGUAAUUUAAAAACUAAGAUAUCAAAGUAUAUUAUGGCUUUUAGUUCUCAUAGCUUAUACUUUAUAGUUAGUCUUCGAAUGAAAGUACUUUUUAGAUUCUAAUCAAGUUUCAUUCCUUUGUCGGAAUUGAACAUCCUCAUCGUCUCUCCAUUUCAACAUUUUUAAUUUAUCUUCUCAAUGUAUGAGUCAUUUUGGAAAGCUUUCACAGAAAUUGAAAGACUUGAAGAGGUAAUGCAACAGCUUUUACGCUAAAUGUCAACAUCAAACGCAACAAGUUUUGUAUGCCAAAACUAAAACUUGACCACGGAGAGAUGGCGGAUACCUUGAAGAGGGAACAUCAUUUGUAUUAUUUGUAAUAGAUACGAUCAGCGAGAACGUGCCUCUUACUACUCUGCGCUUUCUGGCUAAUUCUUACCAUUACACAUGAUACAAAUGAUGCUUCUGUUUCAAGGUUAUCGCCAUCUCUCCGUGGUGAAGCUUUACCCGCAGAAGAACCUUUUAUGUUGUUAUCAACAAAUCACUAGUUUUAAGCAUGAAUAUCGUAGUAUAUGUAUUGUGUUAUGUCAGGCAAACUUUGUAAUUAAUAUUGUUUUAUUCAGCUUGACUUUAUUUUUUAUUUUUUAUAUGUGUAUAUUUACAAAUGCAGUGUGUAACGUUUGUUAUAAAUGCCUAAUAAAAACAGUUUAAACUAUUUUUCUGUGAUUUCUAGGAAAGAUAGAGAAGUUUUUUUGUAUAAAUUGGUUUAUAUGGUUAGUUUACAUCCUAUUUUCUCUUUCAGUUGCAAUGUUUAAUUAUCUGAGUUUACGCAAGGUCGUAAAUCACAUGUAUUUCCAGUUAAAGAUGCGAAUAUUGUUUUUAGUAUAAGCGUGAAAAUGUAAGUAAUCAUGGUUAAGAUUAUUUCUGAAGCAGUAUUGCAUUUUGAGUAUAGAAUUUUAUAAAUAAAAUGCAUA